GACAAACAGCUGAUUUCCGGUGUCUUUAAAUGUCCUGCCAUUAUUCUUCGACAAGCAGCAGUUAGGUUCGAUGUUAUUUGACGGAAAGAGACACCCAAACGUGGGAUACGUUUAACCAUUGGGAUGCUUAUAUAUUUAAGUAUUUGUUUUAUACCGUUACGGUCUUUAGAGAUGUGAGGUUUUUUUUGUUGGUAAGAUUAACGGUAGUGAUAUCGCGGGUUGUCUUUUCUGUGCUCCCACAGUUCCUCUUUUCUGCCGCAGUCAUAUGUUCACUUUAGUUACAUUUUAGCAACGUAGCUACCUACCUACAUAAAUUAGUUACCUUCCUUGUAAAUUAACACAGCUACCUAACGUUUCUUCGGGUGUCAUCUCCUUGCUAGCCAACCAUGCUACUAGUUACAAGCCAGCGUUAGGAGAUCUUGUCAGGCAAUACGGAUGAUUUUGAGUUAAUCUGUCGAGGUUAAAGCAACGAGUUUAUAGCCAUCUGUUGUUAACUAAGUAACGUUAGUGUUGGCAAGCUACUGAAGCUAGCUAGCUAACUAGCUAAUGUGUAGCCAAAUGCUAUGUAAGUAAAUAGCUUCCGUCUGACAGUGUAUGAUUGCUAGGCAGUGGUUGAUUGAUACAUACGCUUGACACCUAGCCACCAUCGUUCGCAGAUAUCACAUCAACAGGCGAAUCUUGUAACCAAUUUUAUGUUUCACGUUGGUCAGAGCGCUUGAGUUGGUGCCAGGCUGUGGAAAGCAGAGAAAGGAGGGGGGUGGGGGGGUGAGAGUAGUGAAACGCACACAGUGUUCUUUGUGCCAGGGGUUUGGCCCAGUCUCCAUCAGCAAAGCGCAACACUAACUGCCCAGUCGGCUCUGUUCAGAGCAGCUUCAGAGCCAUGACAACUCAAAGGGAUGUCGAUAUUGUGAACCUGCGUCUUAUCCUGGUCAGUGGGAAGACACAAGACUUCAUCUUCUCCCCCAGCGACUCGGCCAUGGACAUCGCCAAGCACGUCUUUGAUAACUGGCCCUUGGGAUGGGAGGAGGAGCAGGUGAGCAGCGCCAGCAUCCUACGCCUCAUCUUCCAGGGACGCUUCCUGCAUGGCAACGUCACCCUGGGAGCUUUAAAGCUGCCCCCUGGCCGAACAACUGUCAUGCACUUGGUUGCCAGAGAGACCCUGCCAGAGCCUAACUCCCAUGGUCAGCGUAACCGGGAGAAGACCGCGGAGAGCAACUGCUGUCUGCUCUUGUAAAGACGACAACAAACCACAAUCCUCCCCUUAACCCUCCCCCACAUUCACCCCUGCUCGGCUUCUGUCCGCCCGUCAACCAUGGAUUUGGAGAGAUCACAGGGAGAUGGGUCACAGAGCUGUCAGCCUGCUGUCUGGCACAUGUUUGUGGCACUCUGGGCCAAUCGGUGGCUUUGGAAUUAUUUCUAGUUUUUUUUUUUUUUUUUUUUUUUGUGUACCCAUUUAUUCAGAUCAAUUUUCUUUUUUCACCCUUUUGCCAGAUUUUGUCUUUUUCUUCUGUGUUGUAAAACCAUGUUAAGAAUUUGUACAUAUAAUCUCCGUGGUUACCCAGGAUAAGAUAGCUGGGUGACCAUACAGGUUUUGAAGACCUCCCACAGAAACACUGUCAAACUAUGACUUCGGAACAUUGACCCGUACUGUGGCGUUGGUCAUUUGCAUUGACUCCAAGUAUCUUUCUGCUAAUGAAAUGGAAGUUCCCAUGGCUCUUGUAGAAUGGCGUUAAAACCUCUCAUUGCACUUAACUGGGUUGUUUAUUAGAAAGUGUUUCUCAUAGUUAGUUUUUUUUUGUAUCGUUUUAAUCUCCCCAUCUUACAGAGGAAGGGAGAAUAAUGUCCUACUGUUAGACAGUGCCAUCCUCCUCACCCGAUGUAGACCGUGCACAGUACAGUAGUUGACUCCUACUAGCAGGGUGUGUGUAGUCUGCCAUAGCACCAGUGGAGUGGUGUGUAUCUCUGUGACAUGGGCCACACUCGUGUUUGUUCCUGGACUUGGACCAACAGAGGAAGAGUUCAAAGUUGUAAAGGGACACCUGUGUGUGUGUGUGGCAUGGUCACGUGUUUGAUCACCUCGACGGUGAAUGAACUGGUCUAGCUAGAAGAAUCUGAACAAACUCCUACACAUUCUCCCCCUGGUUGUGAAGCCCUGCUUUUUUUUCCCCCUUUUUUUUAUUUUUAUUUUUUUAACUGAGUGAAAAGUAUUGAAGGAUUGCUUCUGAGUGACCAUUGUCAUUAUGUAUGGCUUCCACCUCUGAUCAACAUGACCAUUUAGACUACAUCCCGUCCCAUGGGACAGCCCCCUCGCCACUCCCCGUCCGACCUGAGUGAGGAAUAAGGGAAUCGACACCAGGAGCCAGACAACAGAGAGGUGUUGGUAGUUGGAGGUCUUCAUGGCCAACUACAGGACAUUCGGACUAGAGGCAUGAGGGAGCAAGUCCUUGGAGAGGGUUCCCCUCUGGAAAAUAGGAGGAGAUGAUGAUGAUGAUGGUAUUUGACCUCCUUUUUGUUUGGAUGCUGUCUGUUUUUGUUUGCCUUUUUUGAUUGUGGAAUUAUUCAGUAAAUCAUUAAUAUUGCAAUUGGAAAAUGUCAAUUUUUAUCUUGUAUUGAUAUUGUUUGUCCAGUUGCUGAUGUCUGACUCCUGUUAAUUGAAUGCCUUUUGUCCCAGGGGUUAGUGUGUGUGUGUGUGUGUGGGAAUUGCGUAUUAAUUUUACAUGACUGUAUGUGUGAGUGGAUAGGUUGGGGAAAUGACUGAGUGUAUGGAGACAGUUUGUGUAUUUGAGUAAUGGGUGUGUGUUUGUGAAAACCUAAAAACGGUGUGUGUUGUGUGAACACUGGAGGUUAGUGAUGCAGGUGGGGGAGUAGAACAGAUUGGUCUUGGGUGGCUGUGGUUUCCAUGGAAACAGUGUGAAUCCUUCCUUUUAGUGGGUGUCCUUUGGUUAGUGUCUGUCAACCAAUGUCACUGCUAUGAAAUGUAGCUCAAUAUGAAUAAAUGUAUUAAAAAAAAAAAAGAAUACUAAUGAAAUGUGGUCUGCUUAAAGCUUGUAUUAUAAAUUAAUAAAACAUCUUAAAGAAAUGUUCUAA